GGGGGCGCACCCUCUAAUCCUUCAUCCGGGUCACCACUGACAAUUUCACCGGAUCAUACACGUCUUUCUUCACUGCGCCUGAAACAACCAAUUUUCACCGAUUAUGGACGCGGGAUUUUUCCGCGGCACGAGUGCGGAGCAAGACAACCGCUUCAGCAACAAGCAGAAAAAACUACUGAAGCAGCUGAAAUUUGCAGAAUGUCUGGACAAGAAGGUGGACAUGACCAAAGUGAACCUAGAAGUCAUCAAACCUUGGAUUACCCAGCGUGUGACAGAGAUUCUGGGGUUUGAGGAUGAUGUGGUCAUAGAGUUCAUAUUCAACCAACUUGAGGAGAAGAAGCACCCGGAUAGCAAGAUGAUGCAGAUCAACCUGACAGGGUUCCUGAAUGGCAAGAAUGCCCGAGAGUUCAUGAAGGACCUGUGGCCCCUGCUCUUAAGUGCCCAGGAGAAUAUUGCUGGCAUCCCAUCUGCUUUUCUGGAACAGAAGAAGGAGGAAAUAAGGCAGAGACAGAUUGAACAGGAGAAGCUUGCUUCCUUAAGGAAGGUGGAUGAGGAUAAGAAGGACAAGGACAUCAGAGAGAGGGCUCAGUCAAAGAGCCCUAGAAGGCGGAAGACGCGGUCACCAUCACCACGCCGAAGGUCACCAGUAAAGCGGGAAAGAAAACGCAGCCCGUCACCAUCCCCGAGACGCAAACCCAGUCCUGCAGGUGGCAGCUCACCCCCUCCACCUCUUAUGCAGUUGCCCACAAAACCUGCAGAGCAGCUUGUGGAGCCAGAUGCAUCAGAAAGAGCCAUACCAGAACCGGUCAUUCAAGAAUCUUCUUCUGCUGGUGAUUCACUUGUGGAGGCGGUAAAUGCAGACUCAGUGGCUGAAGGCAAGGAAACCUCUCCAGAGAAAACUCAUAAAAAAGAGGAGAGACCGAGAUCUCGUGAAAGGGAAAAGGACCUGAAGAGGGAGAGACCUCAUCACCGCUCCCGUUCCCGUUCUCUUUCCCGCUCCCGCAGACGACGUUCCCGUUCUAGAUCUUUCUCCCCUCGGAGAAGACAAAGUCCCAGAAGAAGAAUGUCCCCUCGUCGAAGGAGUCCACCCAGGCGAGGCCCCACUAGUUCCAGACACAGACACAGGCGCUCCCCUGUGCGCAGGAGGCGCUCUCGUUCUGCUUCAUCUUCUGGUAGCAGCUCCUCGGGCUCUCGCUCUCCUAAAAAACCUGUGAAAAGAAUAUCUACCACACCCCCGCGAAAACAAGUCCAUCGCCCUGAUGCUUCUAUAAGCCCUGCAGGAAAAGUUAAACGAUCACCAUCUCCGCGAUCCAGACGGGUCAGAGGCUCUGGUUCUCCACCAAGAUCAUCAGGUUUUAGACGAACACAAGGAGGAAGGGGUGAUUCUCCAUCUGAUAAAGCUAGACCCUCCGAGGGGUCUGAGUCAGAAGAGGAUAAAAAUGAGAAAGGGGCAACAGCAGAUUCGGUGCAGCAGCGACGUCAGUAUCGCAGGCAGAAUCAACAAUCAUCCUCAGAUACAGGAUCUUCCUCCUCAGAAGAUGAGGGGCCUAAAAGGUCAACAGCAGGGCUUGGUGCCAGAAAUGGAGAAGUUAGGAGGCGACGCAGCCGUACACCCUCCCCUCGUAGGCGACAUAGGGAUGCCUCACCAAGGAGAAGACGUUCUCCAUCUCCUGGACGCAGACGUCGCUCCCCUUCUCCACCACGCCGUCGUAGGUCUCCCUCUCCACCUAGGCGCAGGUCUCCUUCCCCUCCACCCCGUCGUCGAUCUCUGUCUCCAAGACGAUAUUCACCUCCUAUUCAGCGUCGCUACAGCCCUUCACCAUUGCCUCCACAGAAAAGGAAGCAGUCCAAUUCACCUGCAAAACGCUCUUCACCGGGUGCAAAGCGACGCCUCUCUAGGUCACCUAAGCGCAGAAGCUCUCCUGCCCCAAGGAGACGUUCACCUCCAUCCUCUGUGUCUCCACCCAGACACAGAAGGAGCCCGAUGUUGCCUUCUGCUAGGCCAAGCAGAGAUGCACGAUCCCCUGCUGGAGCAGCUAGACGCCUCUCUCCUUCACCUGCAAACCGCGGUCGUGCUGUGAGGGGUUCUGCCAGUCCCCAGAGACGCUUUGAAACCUCCAGUACAUCUCCAUCUAACCAGCGGAGACACCAUUCCCCUCCACAUAGUAGUAAACUUAUCCGCAGGGUUUCUCGCACUCCUGAGCCACGUAACAGCCAGAGACCUUCUCCAAGCCCGAAGCCUAUAAGGAGAGCAUCAUCCAGAUCAGUGUCCCCUCAUCCAGCUGCUCCAAAACGUCCAGCCUCCGCCUCUCCAUCACCAUCUCGCUCUGCCACUGGAUCUCCUCCACCACCACCAGCAAAAAAGGCCAGUAGUGGGUCUGGCAGUCGAUCUCCAAGCAAGAAUUCGGAUGUUGAUGGUGGUGGAAAGAAAAAGAAGAAGAAGAAGGACAAGAAACACAAGAAAGACAAGAAACAUAAAAAGCACAAGAAACAUAAGAAGGAGAAAAGUGGCGGUACUGUGACUGGAGACAGUCAAGAGAACCAGGGCGCAGGAGAGGAUGGAGAUUCAAGAAAGGAGUCAGAGAGCGAAGUUGACGACAGUUUGGAUGACCUGGAAAAACACCUUCGAGAGAAGGCCCUGCGCUCCAUGAGGAAGGCCCAGGUGUCUCCGUCACCGACGUCAUGAAAACGGAGUUUUCCUGUCACUUUCCGUGUUGUCAUCAACCUGGUUCAGCUUUAGAAUGUAAAAAUUGUUCAAUCUUGAGUCUUUCUUUUCACUGGUUUGGUACAUCCUGGAGAGUGUUUCUUUUGGAGUUUGAUUUGUUCGAUAGUUUAUCUAAACUGUAAAGGAGCUUGUGUUGUCCACACUUUUAAAAUUGUUCAGCAGGAAACAGUUUAAUUUCAGAGGUUUGAGUUGGGCAGGUUAAUGAUUUGUUCCACAGUGUAUAGUAGAUUUGAUAGAGAAAUAGUUGCAUGUGCAGUGACUUUCUCUGAGCGUGGAGCGCUGACCUUUUGAAGAGUGUAGGGAAAUGCCACCAUACAGUAACGUAUUGUUACUAAUGCCUUUGAGUAGCUGAAACUGACACAGCUGUGUGCACUCUUAACAGAAUGUCUUGUCCCAUGUUAUAUCUUAAUUGAGGUGUUUGGCAUCAUUUAACCUGCUUCUUUCUGACUUUGAAAUUGUCUUGUUUUACGAUUAAAGCAAUUUGAUGUGAUAAAUGCUUUAAUUUUUUUUCUAAAUGGAUUGAUAUGCAAUUUAUGUUAAUACCCUUGUACUUAGCUAAUCUCUGUGGAAUGCUAUAGUAUAUGAUUUGUAAUUAGUAACCUUGGAUCUUGUCAACUUGUCAUCCUUUUGGAAUUAAAAUUUCUUUUUUUUA